AUGAAAUUGAAAUCGGGUUCGGGUUUGGGUUCGAGUUCUUCACCUACGGGCGCUAGGCUUCGAAAGAAGCACAAGAGACUCGAUGCAAUAUGUGAAAAUGUGUAUAAUCAGAACCAUGGCGAGUCUCUCAAUGAAGAAAAAUCCGGGUCGGGUCAAGUUGCUGACUUGGAACUCAGACGGAGUUCACGGGUCAGGCGGGCACCUGAAUUGCUCGAUGUGUCACCGCCACCUGCUAAGAAACGGAAGAAGAUUAAGAAUGUGAAUUUGGGUGUUAAUAAAAGCUAUAGGACUGGUAAUAGUAGUUUAAGGAGUGGCAGCAGCUCGAAGAGAGUCAAGGAAGAGGAGGAUAAUGAGGAACAAGUGGAUUUUGAUGAUACGCCAGGAAGUUGGAAAUCGAGAUUGAGGACAAGGAGGAGGAAUGCUGGGAGGGGAGGGAGUGGUAGGGAGAAUAGGAGGAGGAAGCUUUUUGAUGAUAUGGAGGUGGGGGAGAGUGAAUUGGGUGAGAGAGAGGACGAUUUUGAUGGUGGGAAGUUUGUGGGUGUAGGGUUGAAGAGGGUGGGAAGGGUUAAGGCAGUGAGUGAGUUGAAGAGCGAGGAGGAAGAGGGUGGGAAUGUGCAUGGUGGCGGAGAUACAAGUGGGAACAGUGAGGAGGAGAAAGGUGAGGAGGAUGAGAUGGAGGUGGCGAGGAAUGAGGAAAGUGAGGAGAGCGUACCGGAUUUGGGUGCCGAAAUAAAUGGUGGAAAUGAGGAGGAAGUAGGGGAUGGGGAUGGUGUGCAGGUAGAGACCAAGGAAGAGAAACAGAGAUUGGAUGGUUUGGAAUUUGAGAAGAAGGAUGAUGAAAAUGAGAAUGUGGAAAAUGUGGAGGAGGGUGAUGAGAAGGUGGAGGAGUUGGUGAGUACGGAUGGCGAAAAUGAAAGGGAUGUUGGUGAGGUGAAUGAAAUGGAGGAUGGACAGUGUUGUGAUAAAAAUGAUAAGGAUGAGGUGGAACUUGUAGAUUUGACGAAAGGAAUGGACGGACGUUGCUGUGGUAAAAAUGUAAAGGAUGAUGAGGAAGUUGUAGAUUUGACGAAAGGGGUGGAGGAUGUUGAGGAAUUUGUAGAUUUGACGAAAGGGGUGGAGGACGGAGGGUGUGGUGAUAAAAAUGAAAAGGAAGCUGAUGAAGAGUAUGUAGAUUUGACAAAGAAGCUGGCGAACAAAGGUGGUUUGGAUGUGCUAGAGGAUGAGAAAGAUUUGAAGGUAGACAGAAUCAAGUGUGAUUCAAAUAGUAGUCUUGGCAGAUCAAAGAUCAAACAGGGUAGACGUUGUGGUUUGUGUGGGUGUGGAAAUGAUGGCAAACCACCUAAAAGGUUGGUGCAAUAUGGUGGUGAGAGUGAAAAUGAGGCAUAUAGUGGUUCAUCAGCUUCAGAGGAUGUCAAAUAUGAUGUAUGGGAUGGGUUUGGUGAUGAACCAGGGUGGCUUGGCCGUCUCUUGGGUCCUAUAAACGACCGUUAUGGUAUUGCUGGAAUCUGGGUUCAUCAAAACUGUGCUGUAUGGAGUCCAGAGGUUUAUUUUGCGGGCUUGGGAUGCUUAAAAAAUAUAAGGGCUGCACUUUGCAGGGGAAGAGCAUUAAAAUGUAGCCGCUGUGGAAGGCCAGGGGCAACUAUUGGAUGCCGUGUUGAUCGGUGUCCAAAAACUUACCACUUGCCUUGUGCACGAGCCACUGGAUGCAUUUUUGACCAUCGGAAAUUUCUUAUAGCAUGCACAUAUCAUCGGCAUCUCUUCCAACCUUAUGGUAAUCAACAUGCAGUGCAGAUAAAGAAAUUAAAAGCUAAGAAAAUGAAGUUACAAAUGAGGAAGCUCUCAAAUGAUGCUUGGCGAAAGGACGUUGAAGCAGAAGAAAAAUGGUUGGAGAACUGUGGUGAGGAUGAAGAGUUUUUAAAGCGUGAAAGCAAGAGGCUUCAUCGUGAUCUGUUAAGAAUUGCACCUGUUUACAUCGGAGGCUCAAACUCUGAUGGUGGAAAACUAUUUGAGGGUUGGGAAUCUGUUGCAGGGCUUCAGGAUGUCAUUCAAUGUAUGAAGGAAGUGGUAAUUUUGCCUCUAUUGUAUCCUGAGUUCUUUAGUAAUCUAGGGAUUACGCCUCCUAGGGGGGUUCUUUUGCAUGGCUACCCUGGAACAGGUAAAACUCUUGUAGUGCGGGCAUUGAUUGGUUCAUGUGCUCGUGGUGAUAAACGAAUAGCAUAUUUUGCUCGCAAAGGUGCCGACUGCCUAGGAAAGUAUGUUGGGGAUGCUGAGCGCCAAUUGAGACUCUUGUUUCAGGUUGCUGAAAGAUGUCAACCUUCUAUUAUAUUCUUUGAUGAGAUAGAUGGUUUAGCGCCUUGUCGUACAAGGCAGCAAGAUCAGACUCAUAGCUCAGUUGUAUCCACACUGCUUGCUCUUAUGGAUGGUUUAAAAUCCCGGGGUUCAGUAAUAGUGAUAGGUGCAACAAACCGUCCUGAGGCAGUUGAUCCAGCACUACGUAGGCCAGGGAGAUUUGAUAGGGAGAUUUACUUUCCAUUGCCAUCAGUGGACGACAGGGCUGCUAUUCUUUCACUUCACACAAGAAGUUGGCCGAAACCUGUUACUGGAUCUUUGCUAAAGUGGAUUGCCAGAAGAACUGUAGGUUUUGCUGGUGCUGAUCUGCAGGCUCUUUGUACUCAAACUGCCAUUGUUGCUUUGAAGAGGAAUUUCCCUUUGCACGAAAUGUUAUCCGCUGCUGGAGAUAGAGCUCCUGGUGCUAAACGUGUUCCUCUUCCAGCUUUUGCAGUGGAAGAGAGGGAUUGGUUAGAGGCUUUAGCAUGUUCGCCACCUCCUUGCUCUCGUAGAGAAGCAGGGAUAGCUGCUUAUGAUUUAGUAUCAUCACCUCUUCCCACCCACCUCAUUCCUUGUCUAUUGCAGCCAUUAUCCACCUUGAUUGUUUCAAUGUAUCUGCAUGAACAGCUCUGGCUGCCUCCCACUCUUUUGAAAGCUGCAAAAAUGGUUAAAAGUGUGAUUGUUUCUUCUUUGGAGAAUAAUAAUCUGCCUACUGAUCGUUGGUGGUCUCAUGUUGAUAGUUUCCUUAGGGAAGCAGAUGUUGCCAAGGAAAUAUGGAGGAAGCUUUCAUGGGUUGGCAUAUUAACUGGAGAGGUUAUCUGUGCUGGCACUGAUGCUUUUACAGAUGAAACUGAUGAUGAAAGUGCUCAGGUUGAACCUUCUGUUGUUUAUAAUGGGGGCAUGAACGCUAGUUUAUUUAGAAGGAUAUCUGUAGCAUCAAGCAAAAAAUCUGGAUUUCGAGUAUUGAUAUCUGGGAGCCCCAGAUCUGGUCAGAAGCAUCUUUCUUCUUGCUUUCUUCAUUGUUUUGUUGGGAAUGUUGAAAUUCAGAAGGUUGAUCUGGCUACAGUUUCACAAGAGGGGCAUGGUGAUAUGGUGCAAGGAAUGACAAGAAUAUUAAUGAAGUGUGCUAGUUUCCAAUCAUGCAUGAUAUUCCUUCCAAGAAUUGAUUUGUGGGCUGUGGAGACAUGUUGUCAAGUUAAUGAUAACAGUAAUACAUCUUCAAUUAACAAUCAAUUUUCUGAGGAGAAAGAAUCCUCCUUAACAAACAGUCAAAUUGUGGAAGACGAAACCGAGUCAUCCAUGCAUCAAUGUAAACCGGUGGAAUUGACAGUACCUCAAGGUGCUGCCCGAAGUAUCUCACAUGCCUGGAGCUCAUUUGUUGAGCAGGUGGAAUCGAUAUGUGCAUCUACAUCCUUGAUGAUUCUGGCUACCUCAGAGCUUCCAUCUUCAGAACUUCCCCAAAGAAUAAGGCAGUUCUUUAAAAAUAAUAGCUCGAAUAGCAGGCACUCAACUCCAUUGGAUCCCACAGUACCCUGGUUCUCAGUGCAUGUUGAUGGGAAUUUCAACCAUGAUGCAGUGAUCAGUCUUUCUGCAAAAGCAUUGUUGAGAGACAUAAUCCAACCAUUUGUUCAGUUGAUUCAUCUUAAAGCUCACAUCUCUACAAGUUUAUCCAAAGAGCACGAAACUUUUGAUUCCAUUCUUGCUUGUUCUAAUGCUGAAUAUCACAGUAAAAAUCCUGUUUUGGUUGGUAAAAAUGAGGAUGGCACACAAUGUCCUCAUGAUCCUAUAAAUAUACCACUGCCGCCCAAUAGAAGUUUAAAAGGAAAAUCAAGCUUGUUGUUGGCAAUCUCUACAUUUGGCUAUCAAGUUCUACGGUAUCCUCAUUUUGCUGAACUUUGUUGGGUCACAUCUAAACUGAAAGAAGGUCCUUGUGCAGAUGUUAGUGGACCUUGGAAGGGAUGGCCUUUCAAUUCUUGCAUUAUUCGUCCCUGUAAUUCAUUAGAUAAGGUGGCUGUUGCUUGUAGCUCUGGCAAUAUUAAAAGCAAUGAGAGAUCAGGUUUAGUUAGAGGGUUACUUGCUGUUGGUUUAUCAGCAUACAAAGGUGAGUACAAUUCACUUAGAGAGGUCUCUUUUGAGGUAAGGAAAGUUCUUGAGCUUCUAGUUGGACAAGUUAAUGAAAAAAUUCAGGCUGGUAAAGAUAGAUAUCAAUAUGUUCGUCUUCUAUCACAAGUGGCUUAUCUGGAAGAUGUGGUUAACAGCUGGGCACAUGCACUGCAGAGUUUAGAGCCUGAAGCUCAAAUAAACGUAGUGAAUGCUAAGCUGAAAACCAUGGAAUUCCCAGGUAACAGUAACUGUGUGGAUGAUUCUGUUGAAAGACAGUGCAAGGGAGACGCUUCUGAUACAAACUUGCAUGGAACUGAAUGGUUGGAAAGAAGUGCUCGGAGAUUUUUUCAUGAAAAUCAGGAAGGUGGUGAAUCAAAUAAAGGAGAAAAUGGUUUUUGUGAUCUUAAUUUUGAGGCUGCAGCUAUACGUCCAGAAGAUGGACCUGAACAGCAUACUGUCCUUCGUGACGGUGCCAUAACAAAUAACCAUUCUCAAAAUUCUCCUCCUGAUAAUAUUAUAAAUGAGCAGAAUGGGACCUCUCUUGGACAAUGUGAACCUGAAAUUACUGAAAAUCUUGCAGUUACAGAUGGAAAUUCAGAAACCUUGGAACAUGCUAAUGGAUUUGCACUCACAGAACCUGCCCGCUCUUCUGAGAAUGGUCUAUGCAAUUCAGCUGAAUUGGGUGCCUUGAAGUUCUCUGACGCUGGCAACUCCUGCAAUCAUAGUAAUGGGUUGGCUGCCAUGGAUGGAAGAGUUACAUUUAAUAGUGCUGAGCCUAACCAUAGUGAGCAUGCUGAAGAUGUUAACAUCUCUCCAGUCGAAACCAGCUGUCCUGCUGCUAACUCUGGCAUUGUGUGUUUGUAUCGCUGUUGUUCUAUAUGUCUUCAUGCCAUACACAAUAUGAUUCAGAAAUUCCUUUCUCGUAAAUUGGCGUUAAACCAGAGCAAUUGGACAGCAGAGGAUGUUCAUGAUGCUGUUGCAUCAUUGUCAGUGGAUCUUCUGUCAGUGAUCAGAAAAGUUGAUAUUACUGAAGACAUCAGCAAUUCAUUUGAUGGAAGCUCUGAUAGAAAUGACUGUCCAGAAAUGCGUAGCUGUCACUGCAAAAGUGCAGGAAAUAGUUCAUUUGUCCCAACGGAAUGUAGUUGUCACUCUGUUGCCGAAUCUGUAACUGCAAAAUCAAGUUAUUCGCCAGAUUCCCAGUUGGGACUUGAUCCAAAAUUCAUUUUCCGAGAUGGCAUCCUGGUCCCUGUAGAUACUACCAAGGAUGUUUCUUUCCAUUGUAAAUAUGAGACUUUAUGCCUUUGUCCUCUUGUAAAAUCAGUAGCAUCGAUGAAGCAGCCUUUUGGUUGA